UGGUGGGGGGGCACUGCCAGGGCAGAGCAGGGGCACCGAAGAGGAGGAGGAGGAGGAGGAGAGGAAGAAGGAGAAGAAGGAGAGGAGGAGGAAGACGAAAAGAGAGACAAAGUGGAUGAGAGCAACAGCAGACUGAGUGCUGGAAAUGCCCGUCAGGUCUGAGUCCGUCACGUCCUCAGCCAAUCAAAGCCUUCGUUAGCAGCAGCGUCGGCACGCCAUCGGGAGAAGAAUGGCAACUAUGCCGUUUGUCAGCGAGGGGAAAUGCGUGAGUGUGGAGUGGGAUUUCCUACAAGGACUACUGGCCAAGCCUCCCACUCUGCCCUGUCUCCAGAACCUGCGUAAAGAGAAAUCUCGCAAUGCGGCCCGUUCACGGCGGGGCAAGGAGAAUUUUGAGUUCUUCGAGCUGGCCAAGAUGCUGCCGCUGCCCGGGGCCAUCACCAGCCAGCUGGACAAGGCUUCGGUCAUCCGGCUCACCAUCAGCUACCUGCACAUGCGCACCUUUGCCAGCCAGGGGGACCCGCCCUGGAGCCCUCUGCUGGAAGGAGACAGCAACUGCAGCAAAGUUAGACGAUCAACUCAUUCACUGGCCACGGACAUGUUUGAGCAGCACCUCGGGGCACACCUCUUACAGUCUCUAGAUGGCUUUGUGUUCGUGGUCAGUCAGGAGGGACGCUUCCUCUACAUCUCAGAGACAGUUUCUAUCUACCUGGGACUCUCACAGGUGGAGCUGACCGGCAGCAGCGUGUUCGACUACAUCCACCCGGCGGACCACGUUGAGAUGGCCGAGCGGCUGGGGAUCAGGCCCCACCUGAGGGCCGAGGCCGGCUGCCACACGGGCCCCGAGAGCGCCUCCAGCUCCGCGUCCACCUCCUCCCUUGCUGGUACCCCUGAACCCGCACCUUCCAGUCCUCACUCUCCGGCCGAUGAGCCUCCCGACCGUGGCUUCUUCAUCCGCAUGAAGUCCACGCUCACCAAGAGAGGUCUGCAUGUCAAGUCCUCUGGAUACAAGGUGAUCCACGUGACGGGACGGAUCCGCUGCCGCCCUGCUCUCGUCCCGGGCUCCACGCGCUCCACGCGCCGGCCGAUGGGUUUGGUCGCUCUGGCGCACACUCUCCCGCCCUCCACGCUGAACGAAGUCCGCAUGGAGAGCCAGAUGUUUGUCUUCCGCGUCAACAUGGACCUGCAGGUCACGUAUUGUGAGAACAGGAUUUCAGAGUACAUGGAUCUGACCCCAGCCGAGGUGGUGGGACACACCUGUUACCAUUUCAUCUAUGUGGAAGACCUUGAAAACCUCCGACAGAGCCACGAGGACUUGCUGAGGAAAGGCCAGGUAGUGACGGGUUACUAUCGCUGGCUUCAGAGGAGAGGAGGCUACCUGUGGAUCCAGUCCACUGCCACCGUCUCCAUCAACCACAAAGCCCCCCACGAACGCAACGUCAUCUGGGUUAACUAUGUCCUGAGUCGAACAGAGUUGCCCGACACUCCCCUGGAUAUACUGCAGCUUCCGGAGAGCAUAAGAGCCGAGCGACUUCGAGUUAGCUCGUCCCCCGCCGACAGCUCCCCGCAGGCCCGAGGAUCACAGCCGGGGAAGAACUCAGCGGGGAAGGGUGACCCUGAUUCUAAAGGCAGGGAGAAGUUUGCGGCCACCGCCGUCCAAUCGGAGGAGAGGAGGAAGCGCCUGCUGAGGUCCGACCCCGAGGGCGCACCCCCAGAAACCCGGCGCAGGCUGGAGGAGCUCCGUCAUGCAGAAGAGAGCGUAUCGGCCUCGUCGGACCUGGCGAGCGAGAGCGAGGCGGACGAGGAGGAGGAGGCCGAGUGGGACCAAGGGGGAGACAGCGACAGAUUGAAACAGGAGGACAGCGGGGGAGGAGGUAAACAGAGUAGAGGGGGAGACACCCCGACGAGAGGCGAGAGAGGGGGGAGAGUGCACAACGGCCGGGCUGUGAUCCAGCAGCUGAAGAGUGUGGUGGCUCCAUCUUCCUUGUCUGGCAGCCCCAGCAUCAAGACUGAACACGAAGCCCUGAACACGGGAGGGCGCUGGGGGUCACACACACAAACCUCCGUCUCGCACGCACACGCCUCCCAGCCCUCGCACGCGCACACGCCUUCCAGCAGCCUCAACGGCGACAGCCCCACCACCCCGAUCCCGGACUCCUCUUCCAGCAGCGAAGCCCCCCCGAAAGGCUUGUUUACGCCCCCGUCCCCAGCUUUGUCCCCGGCCAUGUCCGUGUCCUCCCCGCUGCCCCGCGAGGAGAGGGCGGUGAGUCGCAGCGGUGGCGGCGGCGGCGGUGGUGGUGGUGGUGGCGCCAUUUCAGGUAACGGCCCUGACUUUGAGCUGCUGCAGAGACUGGCUGCGGGCGGCGCAGCGGGGCGGGUCCUCUUCCACCCCCUUGCCCUCGGCCCGCAGGGCCCUCAGAGCCUCUACGCCCCGAGCACUAUCCGCUACGCUCCACCUGAGCUGCCCCCCUCACACCACCACAGCACGGGACACAGCGAUGGCCUGCAGCUACGCUCGGACCACCACAAGGGACCCCCACCUGCCUUCUUCCCCCACCUACAGCGGCUGGCCGGCCUGCCACCCUUCAGCGGUUUCUCCCCAUCCGACAACCCUUUCUCCUCCGGCCUGCCCUUCUGUAUGAAUGGACUGAGGGGGGCUGCGGGCACGGAGGAGGACUGAUUCUCUGAGGGCGAGAGAAGAAAAUAAAUACGAAGAACGGAGCAAAGUGACAAGACAGUAAGAAAGACAUUGAAAAGGGCAGGAGAGACGGAAGUGGCAGGACAUUAAGCCUCUGAGGACGUGACUAAUUGGACAAUGAGUUGAAUAACUGCAAUCUGAAGCGUGUGGCAAGUCACUGCCAUAGGAAUCCAUGUGGACAAGUGACAGUGACUCUCAGAGAAAAUGGGACAUGGAAACUUUUGACAUAGUUGUCCCUAAAGACUUUUCGUCUCUACUACAAUAAUGAACUCUGCUCUGUGUCUUUCUCUAGAUGACUGUGUUGAUUUAUGUGUCUCUUCCACUCAGAGAAGCCAUAUUGUAUAUAGAGACAAAACCAUGAAGACCCUCAGCUCACGCCCUCGUUACCGUCCCUCCAAUUAACCCAAUUAACCCUAAAACCAGUAGAAAGAGAUGGACACUUGUCUGUAGGAAGGAAAGGGACUUUGAAAUAUACAUUUUUAUUAUUGCAGUAUUAUUCUUGUCAUCUCUUCCACUGGGUGAGAAUUUGGUUAAAGGGAUUUCCCUUCAGAUAGACAGAGACCGCCUUCUGGUGUUUUAUAUUGAGACUGAAAAUAAUAAUGAAUAAUAAUAAUAAUAAUAAUUAAAAAAAAAAAUCCAAGUAUUCAUUUGUCAGCCAUACUUAAAGCACACUGUUGGGACAAAACUAUGAAUAAUGUCGUCCCGGACAUUCCAUUAUAUAUAAGGGAUGAAAAUGCAAUGCAGAAAGGAUGCUAUGUCUGUGGUUUGAUUGUAGGAAAGUGAUUUGUUUUAAUUAAAAGUAUUAAUUAUAGUAUAUUCUGUAUGAUGCUGCAGAUGUGUUUGUGUAUGAAAGCCAUAUUCUUGUUUGUUAUUUUUUUUCUUUCUUUUUUUUUUUUUUUCACCAGAUGAUACAGAUGGAAGAACGGUGUAAAAAUGUGUCCAGACAGACAGAAUAACAUUGUUUUAUUGGAUGGACUGUAUCAUCCAAUUUUUUUUUUUUAUUCCCUAUAAAAUAUGUUUCUGAAAAUGUUUUCUGAGGGGGAAAAAAAUGGUGCAGAGCAGAAGUGUUUGAAACCUCUGUCUUUUAUUUUCUUUUUUUUCUGAGCACUUAACUGAAAUUUGUUCUGGUGUGAACUCAAAGCACUUGAUGUGGGAUCCUGUUAAAACAGAAAAGAGAGCGAGGGCAGCGGCGUGGUGGAGGGGAAGAACGUUCAUUUUAAAAAAAAAAAAAAAAAAAAAAAGAUAACCGAGACCUGAGACCUCGUACGGUCAUUAAAACACGACCAGGAGAGGUCAAUAAAACAAAACAGAAUUAUUCUCCCAUUGAUUUCACAUCCAUUUCUGGAGUUUUAAAUUAAAAAAGUGGGCCUAUUAAACACUUUAAAUUUCAGUUUGAUGCGGAUUCCUCUCAGGACUGGAAAAAAAAACAACAAAACACUUAAAAUGAAAUAACUUGCUUGAGUCAAAAGCAUUGUAUUGGUUAUUUAAAAUAACGACUGUAAAUGUUCAUUCUAAAAUAUAGUGACACCGCCAAGCACAGUAUUAAAAACAUUAAAUAAAAAUGUGUGACAAGAGUAAAAUUUAAACAAACGGGGAUAUAAAUUAUGAGAAAUGAACUUCAAAUUAUUUGGCAGCACUUAUUUUGUAGAGCCUUCAUUCCACAUACAUUUAUAUAAUCUGUUGAGUUUUUUUUUGUUUGUUUGUUUUUGAUUUCAAAUUGAGAUCACAGUCUAAUCCGAGGGCUCAGAUUAUGUGAAAACUUCUCAUGUUCUGAUGUCAAAAAAAAAGAAAAAGAAAAAAGCAUUUCUAAUUGGGCUCAGAUCUGGUGUGUGCGCUACACAACCGUACCCUAACACAUGUGAGCACGCACAUUCACGGAGACGUUUACUGGUAUAAUACGCGUGCGUGUGUAGGAAUGCGUGUGUUUCCACGUGCAAGAGUGUGUGUGUGUGUAUGUGUGUGUGUGUGUGUGUGUGAGUGUGUGUGUGCGUGUAUUCUUUUUUUUUUAUUUGUCGUUGUUGGAUUAAACAGCUAACCCGUUGCCCGUCACUGUGAAUCUAACGUUAUCCUUCCAUCUUUGUGAAUACUCCACCCGCUCAUCAAAUAAAAUGAACAAAUGUAAAAAAUAAAACAGUGAUACAGAUGAUGAUAACAAUAAAAUAUUCCAGUAGAGGAGCACACAA